AUGGGCCCCUGUACCGCCUCCUCAUGCUGCUGCCAGGCCCGUAAUCUGCCAUGGGCCCCUGUACCGCCUCCUCAUGCUGCUGCCAGGCCCGUAAUCUGCCAUGGGCCCCUGUACCGCCUCCUCAUGCUGCUGCCAGGUCCAGAGUCUCUCAUGGGUCCCUGUACGGCCUCCCAUUGCUGCUGUCUCCAUCGCCACACUCUGCCAUGUGCCACUUUCAGGUCUCCUCACACACUGCUGGUGUGUUCCAUUUUUUGUCAUAGGGUGCUGGCAGAUUACGGGCCUCCCAUUGCUGCUGCCAGGCCCGUAAUCUGCCAUGGGCCCCUGUACCGCCUCCUCAUGCUGCUGCCAGGUCCAGAGUCUCUCAUGGUCCCUGUACGGCCUCCCAUUGCUGCUGUCUCCAUCGCCACACUCUGCCAUGUGCCACUUUCAGGUCUCCUCACACUGCUGGUGUGUUCCAUUUUUUGUCAUAGGGUGCUG